AUGCGUCCUAAGCAAAGAUCACACAUUCUGGCCCCCCGCGACGUGAACGGAUCCCACGGUGUUGAGGCCAACAACCUGUGCGUAGGUAAAGUGGAGCUUUUUGCUGGGUUGGAGGUGGCAUCCCGAAUCCGGACUGAAUCCGGAGGGCCUGAACUAUAUACCUCCACUCUGACCUCGUCUCUCAGCCCAACCGGGGAAAUACCUAAAGAGGACCUUCCCGACAGAACCGAACCAUCCGGACGUCCGUUCGGGAGGGAAGCACGUCCUCCUCUCUGUGUGUUUCAGAUCACCUUCUACGAGGACAAGAACUUCCAGGGCCGCCGCUACGAGUGCGACUGCGACAGCGCGGAUUUUCACACCUACCUGAGCCGCUGCAACUCCAUCCGGGUGGACGGGGGUGCCUGGGUGGUCUACGAGAGGCCCAACUUCGCCGGGGCCAUGUACGUUCUGACGCGGGGCGAGUACCCGGACUACCAGCGCUGGAUGGGGCUCAGUGACCGCCUCGGCUCCUGCAAAGCCAUCCAUCUGUCGAGCGGAGGCCAGUACAAGAUCCAGAUCUUCGAGAAGAGCGACUUCGGCGGCCAGAUGUUCGAGGCCACGGAGGACUGCCCCUCCGUCCUGGAGCAGUUUCACCUCCGCGAGAUCCACUCCUGCAAGGUGCCCGAAGGAGUCUGGGUGUUCUACGAGCAACCCAACUACCGCGGCCGCCAGUACCUCCUGGACAAGGAGGACUACCGGAAACCCGUCGACUGGGCCGCCGCCGGCCCCACCGUCCAGUCCUUCCGCCGCGUCGUGGAGUGAGGGCAGGGGCGGCAGGAGCCGGAGGAGGAGGAGGAGCUUACGGCUUCUCGGUCGGGGUUAACCUGCCCUCGGCCCCGUGACCCCGAUCUCCCCCACCAAUAAAGCGACUGGCGAGCGCAA